UCACUGGUGCGGGAUCUCCUUGUCGGUGUAUGGACCCGGGCUGGCGUCAUAUCGCGGAACUGUUUAUACAGUAAUAGGAGAUGCUGCUUUUAAAUUCUUCAUUGAAAAAAAAUCCAGACGUUGAUAACAAAACAACAUGGGAUUGGUGACGUGUUUCUAUAAAUAGCUACAUUCAUAUUCAAGCACCCGACUUCCUCGCUUGACAAAGGCAGCGGGAGGUCACGUGCAAGUGGGCGUGGUCGAGCUGGAAACACAGACUUGUGCGAGAAUUGAAAUAAAAUCUUACUUGGCGACCCGACACUAUGCUUCGCCUGGUCUACGCUCUUGCUUGUCUUGCGGUUGUUGAUGGUGCCUGCCAUGGGUCCCACACGUAUCACGCCCGGGGCACCGCCUACUUCCCGUCCAAUGACCCCAUUGAAGGAGGGUUCGUGGACAUGCGCGGUGCACCACUCCGCACUCUACAGGAUUUCUUGGAAGGCCGCGCCUUGAAUGUUAGCGUUGCCAUGGACAACCGUGCGGGAAUCCUCUACGGAACCCCCAUUUGUAUCCCCGAGAUGAACAAGAAGUACAAGAAGGACAUUCUGUUCAAGAUGGUUGACACCGGAAGUGCUUUCGUCGGCAAGAACCACAGUCGCAUAGAUAUCUGCGUGCGCACCCGCAAAGAAACGUACGACGAGACGAUCAAUGGACCGCUGACUCUGGUGUUCCCGUGAUUUAUUGUGACCGAAAUAAAAGCUGAUAUGAAUAUUCGAAAGGUUGUUGUAAAGGUUAGAGCAUCUUGAUGUCAUUCCGUGGUUAAAUGAUUACGUCAUUAAGAAGGGAAAGAAAUACAACGUGUUAGAAUAGUUCCCCGGUGACCUGGCGAACCUGUAUGUAAACUGCCCUGUAGGUGAAAGUGGACCUGGCGAACCUGUAGGCAAACUCCCUGUGGGCGAAAGUAGACCUGGCGAACCUGUAGGCGAACUCCCUGUGGGCGAAAGUAGACCUGGCCGUCCAUGGCAAGCUAUGCUGAAAUGUAUCGGGUACUGGGGGACGGUGUCUGGAGUCAGGGUCUGUGUCACGAGUCAGGGUCUGUGUCUGGAGUCAGGGUCGGUCUCUGGAGUCAGGGUUUAUGUAUGGAGUCAGGGUCUGUGUCUGGAGUCAGGGUUUAUGUCUGGAGUCAGGGUCUGUGUCUGGAGUCAGGGUCUGUGUCUGGAGUCAGGGUUUAUGUCUGGAGUCAGGGUCUGUGUCUGGAGUCUGGUGUCAGGGUCUGUGUCUGGAGUCAGGGUUUAUGUCUGGAGUCAGGGUCUGUGUCUGGAGUCUGGAGUCAGGGUCUGUGUCUGGAGUCAGGGUUUAUGUCUGGAGUCAGGGUCUGUGUCUGGAGUCAGGGUCUAUGUAUGGAGUCAGGGUCUGUGUCUGGAGUCAGGGUCUAUGUAUGGAGUCAGGGUCUGUGUCUGGAGUCAGGGUUUAUGUCUGGUGUCAGGGUCUGUGUCUGGAGUCAGGGUUUAUGUCUGGAGUCAGGGUCUGUGUCUGGAGUCUGGAGUCAGGGUCUGUGUCUGGAGUCAGGGUUUAUGUCUGGAGUCAGGGUCUGUGUCUGGAGUCAGGGUUUAUGUCUGGAGUCAGGGUCUGUGUCUGGAGUCAGGGUUUAUGUCUGGAGUCAGGGUCUGUGUCUGGAGUCAGGGUUUAUGUAUGGAGUCAGGGUCUGUGUCUGGAGUCAGGGUUUAUGUCUGGAGUCAGGGUCUGUGUCUGGAGUCAGGGUCUGUGUCUUGAGUCUGGAGUCAGGGUCUGUGUCUGGAGUCAGGGUCUGUGUCUGGAGUCAGGGUUUAUGUCUGGAGUCAGGGUCUGUGUCUGGAGUCUGGAGUCAGGGUCUGUGUCUGGAGUCAGGGUUUAUGUCUGGAGUCAGGGUCUGUGUCUGGAGUCAGGGUUUAUGUAUGGAGUCAGGGUCUGUGUCUGGAGUCUGGAGUCAGGGUCUGUGUCUGGAGUCAGGGUUUAUGUCUGGAGUCAGGGUCUGUGUCUGGAGUCAGGGUUUAUGUAUGGAGUCAGGGUCUGUGUCUGGAGUAAGGGUUUAUGUCUGGAGUCAGGGUCUGUGUCUGGAGUCAGGGUUUAUGUCUGGAGUCAGGGUCUGUGUCUGGAGUCAGGGUUUAUGUCUGGUGUCAGGGUCGGUCUCUGGAGUCAGGGUCUGUGUCUGGAGUCUGGUGUCAGGGUCUGUGUCUGGAGUCAGGGUUUAUGUCUGGAGUCAGGGUCUGUGUCUGGAAUCUGGAGUCAGGGUUUAUGUCUGGUGUCAGGGUCUGUGUCUGGAGCCAGGGUUUAUGUCUGGUGUCAGGGUCUGUGUCUGGAGUCAGGGUUUAUGUCUGGAGUCAGGGUCUGUGUCUGGAGUCUGGAGUCAGGGUCUGUGUCUGGAGUCAGGGUUUAUGUCUGGAGUCAGGGUUUAUGUCUUGAGUCAGGGUUUAUGUCUGGAGUCAGGGUCUGUGUCUGGAGUCUGGAGUCAGGGUCUGUGUCUGGAGUCAGGGUUUAUGUCUGGAGUCAGGGUCUGUGUCUGGAGUCAGGGUCUGUGUCUGGAGUCUGGAGUCAGGGUCUGUGUCUGGAGUCUGGAGUCAGGGUCUAUGUCUGGAGUCAGGGUCGGUCUCUGGAGUCAGGGUUUAUGUCUGGAGUCAGGGUCUGUGUCUGGAGUCAGGGUUUAUGUCUGGAGUCUGGAGUCAGGGUCUGUGUCUGGAGUCAGGGUUUAUGUCUGGAGUCAGGGUCUGUGUCUGGAGUCUGGAGUCAGGGUCUGUGUCUGGAGUCAGGGUUUAUGUCUGGUGUCAGGGUCUGUGUCUGGAGUCAGGGUUUAUGUCUGGAGUCAGGGUUUAUGUCUGGAGUCAGGGUCUGUGACAGGAGUCAGGGUUUGUGUCUAGAGUCAGGGUCUGUGUAUUGAGUCAGGGUCUGUGGCUGGAGUGGGGGUCGGCGUCUGGCGUCAGGGACUGUGUCUGGAGUCAGGGUCUGGGACUGGAGUCAGGGUCUGUGUCUGGAGUCAGGGUCUGUGUGUGGAGUCAGGGUCUGUUAGUGAAAAGGGCUUUUCAUGUUGAGGUACUGAACCCGCCCUGUUGAACGAACGCAUGAACCUCUAGGCUGCCCCACAUAAGACAAACUGGAAGAACACGAGAUAA